UAACCAAAACUUCAUUAUAUAUUCAGGCACAUCACCCUUCGUUCUCAGUCCCAAUCACACCAAAAUGAAGUCUCUCCUCAUCACAUCGAUACUCUUGCUCGCUCUCUUCUCCGCAGCUUCAGCAGACGACCACAACGAUGACGAUGAAUGCGUCUACACUCUGUACGUAAAAACAGGAUCCAUAUUCAAAGCAGGGACAGAUUCCAAAAUCAGCCUCACUCUUAGCGACGCGCAAGGCCGAUCUGUAUGGAUCAACGACCUCCAAUCAUGGGGCGGUCUAAUGGGGCCUGAUCAUGAUUACUAUGAGAGGGGUAAUCUCGACAUUUUCAGCGGGCGUGGCCGUUGCGGCGGCGGUGGACCUCUUUGCCGGCUUAAUUUGACCUCUGAUGGAUUAGGAUCGCACCAUGGGUGGUACUGUGAGUAUAUUGAGGUGACUUCUACUGGACCACAUAAGGAGUGUAGGCAGACUCUGUUUUAUGUGGAUCAGUGGCUGGCGACUGAUGUUUCUCCUUAUAAGUUGACGGCUGAGAUUGAUGGGUGUGGCUCUUCCGGUGAGUCUGUGAAGCAGGGGAUUAAAGGGAGGUUUUUUGUUGGGAAUAAAAAUAGUAGAAGAUCUGCUGAUGCUUGAGGAAAAGUUGUAAUGGUGUUUUUUUGUUUGGGAUCGGUUUUGUAUUGCUAAGGCUUGAUCUUAAUUAUGAUUUUAUAAGUGAGAUUUCUUUUGGUCUUUUAA